AUGAAUAUUUCAACAUCUACUUGGGACCCUAUGAUCAUUUACAUUACUGUGCAAAAAUUGGAUUAUGACACGCAUAAAGAUUGGGAAUCCCAUAGAAGAAAAGUGAAGUCGUCAAGAGCAAUCGAUUAUGCUACAACUGCUUGUCACCAGGCCAUCCAGUGCAUUAUUGUAAGCAGAAGACUUCUUGUAAGAUAUUCACUUCUUCAUCAUAGUAAGAAGAGAGAAGAUUUUCAGGAUACAGAGAAGAAUGCAACAACACCUGAAAUCUCAAUGAACACGCUUAAUGAACAACAAGAAAAUCUUCUGGAUGAGUCUAUCAUAGUGAACUUCGCACACAAGCAGAGAAGAGCGUUAUUAGCAACAGCGUUGGUUCCGGUCCGGAGAGACAUACAACGUUUGUUCGACCCUCUGGGGUGGAUAUCACCAGCAAUCAUCACUGCUAAGAUUUUAAUACAGAAUAUUUGGAAAGAGAGACUUGGUUGGGAUGAAGAGGUUGGAAAAUCGACUGAAGUAGAAUGGAGUAAAAUAAGAGACAGCUUUAAACAUUUACAUCGAAUAAAAAUACAAAGAUGGAUGGGUAAAGAAGUUAAUGACGAGAUAUAUCUGCAUGGAUCAAAAGACAAUCCUGCCGAUAUAGGUUCUAGAGGUGUCUACGUAGGCAACCUAACAGAUGAUAAACUAUGGUGGGAAGGACCAGAAAGCCUUAAAGAGAAGAUUCUAGAUUUACAAUUAACCCUAUGGAGCUAG